CCAGCCAUGGCCAUGGGGCUCUUCCGGGUAUGUCUAGUGGUGGUGACCGCCAUCAUCAACCACCCUCUGCUUUUCCCACGGGAGAACGCCACAGUCCCUGAGAAUGAGGAGGAGAUUAUCCGCAAGAUGCAGGAGCACCAGGAGAAGCUGCAACUGGAGCAGCUCCGCCUGGAGGAGGAGGUGGCACGGCUGGCGGCCGAGGAGACCCUGGAGCAGGUGGCAGAGGAGGGCCAGGUGCAGAACGAGACCCUCAUGGCCUGGGACCUCUGGAGCACCCUCUGCAUGAUCCUCUUCCUGGUGAUCGAGGUGUGGCGGCAGGACCACCAGGAUGGGCCCUCACCCGAGUGCCUGGGCGGUGAUGAGGACGAGCUGCCUGGGCUGGGGGCCACCCCGCUGCGGGGCCUCACCCUGCCCAACAAGACCACGCUCGGCCACUUUUAUGAGCACUGCAUCCGGGGGGCCACGGCUGACGCUGCCCGCACCCGGGAGUUUGUUGAAGGCUUUGUGGAUGACUUGCUGGAAGCCCUGCGGAGCCUCUGCAACCGGGACACAGACAUGGAGGUGGAGGACUUCAUUGGUGUGGACAGCAUGUACGAGAACUGGCAGGUGGACAGGCCACUGCUGUGCAACCUCUUUGUGCCCUUCACGCCCCCUGAACCCUACCGCUUCCACCCAGAGCUCUGGUGCUCCAGCCGCCCUGUGCCCCUGGAUCGCCAGGGCUACAGCCAGAUCAAGGUGGUCCGGGCCGAUGGGGAUGCACUGGGCUGCAUCUGUGGCAAGACCAAGCUUGGGGAAGACAUGCUGUGUCUCCUCCAUGGCAAGAAUAAUGUGUUGCGGCCUGGCAGCGAGAUGGAAGACCUGCUGUGUGCCGGGGAUUCCCCGUACCUGGACACGAUGCAGGUCAUGAGGUGGUUCCAGACGGCCCUCACCAGAGCUUGGCACCGCAUCGCCCACAAGUACGAGUUCGACCUGGCCUUUGGCCAGCUGGACACCCCGGGGUCCCUCAAGAUCAAGUUCCGCUCAGGGAAGUUCAUGCCCUUUAACCUGAUUCCCGUGAUCCAGUGUGACGACUCAGACCUGUACUUUGUCUCCCACCUUCCCAGGGAGCCAUCCAUGGGGACCCCGGCCUCCAGCACAGACUGGCUCCUGUCCUUUGCUGUCUACGAGCGACACUUCCUCAGAACAACCUCUAAGGCGCUGCCCGAGGGUGCCUGCCAUCUCAGCUGCCUGCAGAUUGCCUCCUUUCUGCUCUCCAAACAGAGCCGCCUGACCAGCCCCAGUGGGCUCAGCAACUACCACCUGAAGACGGCCUUACUGCACCUCCUGCUCUCCCGGCGGGCCACCGACUGGAAGGGCAGCCAGCUCGACACCCGUCUGCACGAGUUGCUCUGCUUCCUAGAGAGGAGCCUACUUGAGAAGAAGCUCCAUCACUUCUUCAUCGGCAACCGCAAGGUACCUGAGGCCAUGGGACUGCCUGAGGCCGUGCGCAGGGCUGAGCCUCUCAACCUCUUCCGGCCCUUCGUCCUGCAGCGCACUCUCUACCGGAAGACAGUGGACUCCUUCUACGAGAUGCUCAAGAAUGCCCCGGCACUCAUCAGCGAGUAUUCCCUACACGUCCCCUCAGACCACGCCAGCCUGCCCCAAAAAGCUGUCAUCUUGUAGAGCAUAUGGGACCCCAGGGGACCAGGACGAGAGCAUCCCCCACGCUUGCACCUGGGAGCAUCUGCAAGCCC